AUGAUGCAUUAUGGGCCUACUGCACCGCACACAAGACCCCAAUUUGUAUGUCUCCGUAUCGGAUCAUCUAUGGAAGCUGGCCUGAACCGACUCCUUCAAAUUUGGGAACUUACAGAAAUACGGUUAGACGCCUAUAACAGUUUAGAUAUCUACAAGCAGAAAACCAAGCUUGUCCAUGAUGCCAACAUCCUGAGGAAGAAAUUCAAGAAGGGUGACAAGGCAUUGAGGUAUCAAGCUCGAUUCAAAUUCAAAAAGGGUAAGUUCAAGACGAGCUGGGAUGGACCCUACAUUAUGACAAAAGUACAUAACUUCGGGAUGAUAGAGCUGAAUGAGGAGGCCACAGGCAAAAUGUUUUACUGCAACGGUCAUCUCCUUAAGCUCUAUGAAGAGCCCGCGCCGCCUUCUUAA